UUUCCACUCAGGCUCCUUCUGCCACAUCCUGACCUGGUCAUAACCACUCGCUUCGAGGUAUUUCUGUCCGAUGGCGUCGGUGCAGGUACCGUACUUUUCCAGACUUCGGAGUUCUGCUCUUGACGAUAUCAACGAGGUGAUCAUCCUGACGGUGUUGUGGUGCUGGUGCCUGCAAAUCAAUGCUACAAUCAGCAGCAAUAUUAAAGCAGGUGGACGAAAACCCAUACGAGAAGCUCGUCUCGGACACUCCAAUUGUCAAUCACCACUUGUUGUGUGCUUAUUGUUCAUACUACUACUUAAAUAUACCUCGCCAUCCUGUCCUGGUCGGUGAUUUGCUUCGACCUUCACGAUCCAGGCCUUUGUGCUACUCACUGUCAUUCAGCUCUCGACCUUUCCAUCGUCCAGAGACGACCUGCGAUCCACAGUCUGAGAUAACAAGCUUGUGUUCCGGAGCUUUUGCGAGGAACAGUCUCGCCGGCUCCAGUCCACCCAAUCCGUGAACCAGAACACCAAGGCUCGCGCCUGACAACAAGACCCAGAAGGACAUAAAAACGCAGAGGCUAUUGUCGACUGACAAUAGUUGCUCAAGCAUAAAAAGCCUCACCUGGUCCCGGAGGAGAUUUUGAUCCUUGAUCACCGCCAUCCUCACCUCAAAAAUCCUACCUACCAUGCCCUCCUCCAUCACGCUUACCGUCAGCCAUCUUCCAACGUCGACAUCCUUCUUCCUCUCCGCACUGCAACCACUGAACUACGUGUUUCGCGGGAGACAAGAACAGACAAUUGGCUUUGGUCCCAAGGAUCCACCUACUGCACUUGCAGAUUUCUGGAUCACACAAGAAAUCCCCGGCGUGCCAGCUGGGGCCGCUCAUGUGGCUUUCCCUGCCACAUCUCGCGAGAAGGUUCAGGACUUCUUCUUCGCGGCUCUCAAAGCUGGCGGCAAGAUUCACGGUGAACCAUGCCAGCGUGAUGCUUCGGGAUACUACUCUGCCGCCGUGAUCGAUUUCGAUGGGAACUCCAUCGAAGCAGUUUAUCGUCCUGCUCUUGACGAAGCAAACAAGGAGAAUUUACCAGGUGAUUUAAAGACCACUGUUUCACGAAAGGCCAUGUCCGUUGCUGCAUCAGCCAAAGCACCCUCGACCGUUGCACCUGCGAAAAGCACUGUGUCCUUCGCCAAAGCACCUACAGUUGUUUCACAGGCACACAGCCGACCAGGUGCAGCACCCACGGUGGUCUCGCAAGCACAGAGCAAAGCACCAUCACAAGCUCGCAGUGUCACCGCACCAUCUCGCAUCUCCACCACAACCGCCAAACCCGCCGAGCAAGCAGCCCCGAAGCCCAAACAAGGCGAUGUCCUGGAUACACUCAUGCAAGAAGCUCGUAAUGCAGCAACUGUCGCUCGUGACCUGGUAAAUUCAGUCCGCCCGAAUCUCAAUACACCGGAGUCCACGGGCGGUACUUCCACAGGAAACGGUGCAGGUGAAGCAAUUGUCGGCGCCACGAUCUUAGGUGUCGCAGCUGGGGCUGCACUCCACUACGCAUUCAGUAAUCGAUCCAAGGAGAGCCAGAAUAAUGACAAUGCUGACGCUGAGCAGCGUCCGUCCGUGAUUGGACGCAGCAAGACCGAGCCGGCGGCACUGAUGAUGCAUCCUGAGUACGAAUACGAAUAUGCAUACUCAUCGGGAGGCAGUGCGGCGUGCUACGAAGGGCCCAAUGGACGAGUGGUCCGUAUGUACAGAGCCAUCGAGCCCGCCCCGUCUGCCUACAGUGAAGGUAUUGGGCACAGGGUGAUAGAGAUGCACGACAACGACGCACGCUCCUCACAUCUCGCAUUGCCGGCACCGUCACGUUCUGGGUCGAAAGCAGGAUCUCGUGCCGGAUCAGAAUAUGCGUCGACUGUGCGUCCAGCGAGCAGAUCGCGCAGAAUGAGUAUCGAUUCCGGGUUUGGACCUGGUCCUAAAGAUGUACUCGCUGGGGAGAAGAGUGUGAUUUCGGUGGCGAGCAAGGGAAGCAAGGCCAGUGCGACUUCGAAGAUGAGUAGGCAGAGUAAGAAGAGUGGAAUGACGGCGACCCCGCCGACGAGUUAUCGUGCACCAACAGUUUUGACCACUGCAGAUACGCAGGCCAGUGGCUCCAAGUCUAAGUCGAGGUCAUCUUCAAAGUCGAAGACGCGGUCAGGGAGCGUGAGUAGGCUUAUGUGCCGCAUCGGUGGGAGCGAGGCUGAUGGCCCGGCCGCUGGAGAGGAGAGUAGGGGUCGCAGUCGCUCCAGGUCUCGAGUGAGUCACGAGAGUAGACACAGCAGACGAGAAGAUGUUGAUGGAGGAGAUGGCGAUGGCGCGAGGACAGUACUGCACGUGUCAGAAUCGUUGAAACGUGUGGUCAGUCGAACGCAUUCAAUCAGCCGCGGCCAGGGAGGUGGUGGAUCGAGAGUCUCCCGCGCCUCGUCCAAGUCCAGACAACCUCACGAGUAUCCUCUUCCUCCGUCGCGAGCCGCAACUUGGGCCGGUGGUGCAGGCAGUGAAGCAGGUGGAAGUGGCGCUGGUGGGAGUUUUGUGUCUGCUCGGUCUCGACCCAGUCCAGGCCAUGUUGUGAGCGCCCCCAGGACCAUCAUCGGCAAGUUGAACCCUUUGCGCGUCAAGGAUUUUGCGGACAGACGUGAGGUGGACGAUACUAUGUCGACGGUUUCGAAGCAGAAAGAUCUGGCGAAACUGGACAUCCCGGAUCGUGAGGUCAGACCUGAGGACAGCGUGAGUCAGAUUAGUGUGCAGUCCGCUCGCAGCAGAAGGUCUGAGAAGGCUGGGAGCAAGGCCGGAAGCAGAAGAGGAUGAUUUACAUUCGGGAUAGGCUUGUGGCAGUAAUAUUUUUUCAGGGUGUGGGAAUCAGAGGACUUGUUGAGCAUUGCGCUUUCGAGAGCGAGUUUGAGGCGUUGCUAAGUACGACCACAGCAAAAACAACGAUUUUCUCAGAUAUCAGAGACGGGGGGAACUUGGCUCCUAUCAGCAUCAAUAGAUGAUAUUUUGUUUUUGUUGCCCUUCUUAUGGCUUCUGCAUGGUAUCACGGGAUGAGUAGGAUGAAGAUGAAGGUGCUCGCGAGAGUACACGGGGAUACUCAACACUCCAUACCUGAAGAGCAUGGCAAUUGUCAUUCCC